UUGUGUAAGCCAAAUAAACAAUACUGUUCUUUUGAACCCUUUUUUCAGUACAUCAAGAUGGGGGCGGCUGUGGUUUUCUGGAUCACAUCAUUGAUGGUUUACAUGGUGACAGGCUAUCCCCAUGAAGGGCCUGCCAUGCAAGCCCAAGACUCGAAUGUGGACACCCAAGGAAUGGUGUCAUCGGUGGCCUCAGCAAACAAAGAGUUUGCCUUCACUCUGUACAGAAGGCUAGCCGUGAAUGAUGGAAACCACGGCAAAAACAUUUUCUUCUCUCCUCUUAGUGUGUCUUCUGCCUUGGCUGCCUUGUCUGUGGGGGCAAGGGGCGAGACCCACAGACAGAUCUUCAGUGGUCUGGGUUUGGACAACCUCAGCCUGAGUCAAACAGAUCUAAACGGGGCCUUCCGUUCACUCCUGGAGAACCAAGUGUCUGGCGAGGAUGCCACUAAAGGCACUGCUGUGUUCGUGGACAGCCGCUUUAAGGCGCAGCACAAUUUCCUGGACGUCCUGAAGCAGUCCUAUUUUAGUGAUGGCUUCGCUGUUGACUUCACUAAAUCAACAGACGCUGCCGAUACCAUUAAUAAGUAUGUGGCAGAUAAGACCAAUGGAAAGAUAGACAAACUGGUCGAGAGCCUGGAUCCCAACACAGCCAUGUAUCUUCUCAGCUACAUCUACUUCAAAGGAAAGUGGGCAUCUCCUUUUGAAUCUGGACUGACCAAGGAGGACACGUUCACUGUGGAGCAGAACAACAAGGUUCCAGUCCAGAUGAUGAAUAAGGAAGACAAUUUUGAUGUUUACUAUGACCAAGCAAUUAACACAUCAGUCCUCCACCUCCCUUUCAAUAGCUCAUAUUCCAUGCUGCUGGCUUUGCCUGAUGAUAUUACAACUCUGGAGAAUGUUAUCAACUCAGCUUAUGUCUCUAAAUGGUUGAAGUGGAAGAAGUCAAGGAACUAUGACAUAUACGUUCCAAAAUUCUCCAUCAAGACUUCCUACAAGCUGAAUAAUGUGUUGACUGAAAUGGGAAUGACGGAUAUGUUCAGUGAUCGCGCAGAUCUGAGUGGCAUUUCAGAAGGGCAAAAACUGGUUGUCUCAGAGGUUGUUCACCAAGCUACCCUGGAUGUUGAUGAAGCCGGAGCCACGGCUGCAGCUGCCACAGGCAUCGGAAUAACAUUGCUAUCAUUCCGCCACAUCCCAGUCUUGAAGUUCAACCGUCCUUUCAUGGCUUUCAUUAUUCAGCCCAGCACAGAAAAGAUUCUUUUUAUGGGCCGGAUUGUGAACCCAAACAUCUAA